GACCACUCGGAGUCCUACAAGUUGGAUGAAGUCGAGUCUGAGCUCCUGAAAAUCCACAAGGAGUUCAUUCAGUUCAAGGAGAACAACGCGAAGCUGCAGGAGCGGCGGAACGCCGCCCUGGAGGAGUGCUACGUUGUACAGACGGCCAUUGCCUCCAUGGCACAGGUCCCGCAGGCCUCCUCCAGAAGAUCCUCGGGCCCGGAGGAAGACGAGUUCGAGUACGAAGCUUCCAGGUCGCUUCUCGAUGAGGAGCGUGGUGUGUCGAGCAGAAGGACGCUGGAGACGAUGUUCAGCAGCAUCGCCGGCGUCAUCCACCAAGAGGAGCAGGACAGGUUCGCGCGAAUGCUGUUCAGAGCCACCCGCGGCAACACCUUCACGCACUUUCAGCAAAUCUUCGAGCCCAUGCAAGAUCCCAAGACGGGGCGCGAAGUCCACAAGUCCGUGUUUGUGAUCUACUUCCAGGACCACCGGAUGGGAAGUGCAGCGUCCGCCAUGAGCGAGAAGAUCAACAAGAUCUGCUCCUCCUUCGGCGUGCACACCUACCGCUGGCCGGCGAGUCGCACUGCGGCCCAGGAGAGGCACAGCAGCCUCAAGGUGCAGGUGGAGGAUCAACGAAGGCUUUUGAAGGCCCACGAGCACUUUGUGCACAGCGAGGCCGCCUCGCUGCUGGAGCCCACGGGACGCGGCCGGGACUCCCUGAUCGAAGAGUGGAGGCUCUUCUGCGUCAAGGAGAAGGCCAUUUACCACACCCUGAACCUCUUCGAGGGGAACAUGAACCUGCGCGCCAGCUGCUGGUACCCCGCAGCAGAAGAGGAUAACAUCCGGGCUCUGUGCACCCAGCACUUUGCAUCGCAACGGGGCCAUUCCUCUGCGGUGCUGAUGCCACAUCGGAGCCCGCCCCGGAAGCAGGCGCCGACGUACAUCCGCGUGAACGAGUUCACGUCCAUCUUCCAGACCCUCGUGGACACCUACGGCCUGCCAAGGUACCAAGAGGCCAACCCGGCGCUCUUUACCCUCGUCACGUUUCCCUUCCUCUUCGGCGUAAUGUACGGAGAUAUUGGUCACGGGCUUAUGCUGCUCUCUGUUGGCAUCUUCGCCAUGGUCAAGAAGGACGAGCUGAAGUACAGCUUCCCCACACUGUAUCAAGCGCGGUACAUCCUCACAAUGAUGGGGAUCUUUGCUGUCUACUGCGGCUUCCUCUACAACGACUUCUUCUCGCUGGGCCUAAGCCUUUUCCAGUCGCGCUGGAGCGAGAUUCCUGCGGAUGCCAAGCAGCAUGAGACCGUGGUCUUGCAGCCGAAGUUCGACAGGGAGAACCGGGGAGGAAUGGGACCGUACCCCUUCGGCCUGGACCCGGCUUGGCACGGAGCCCAGAACGAGCUGGUCUACUUGAACUCCAUGAAGAUGAAGCUCUCCGUCGUCCUCGGCGUGGUGCAAAUGUUCGUCGGCCUGCUGCUCCGCUUCGCCAACGCCAUGUACGACAAGAACAUGGUGGACUUCUGGUGCGAAUGCGUGCCGAUGUUGAUCUUCAUGCUCGGAUUCUUCGGGUUCAUGGACUACAUGAUUCUCUACAAAUGGGUCACGCCCAUGAGCAACCCGCCCAGCAUCAUCAACUCCAUGAUUGCCAUGGCGAUGUGGACGGAAGACCCGAACCCCAUGUUUGGCAACGACCUGCCGAAGCUGCUGAUGGGAACUUGCAUGUUGGCGGUGCCCUUCAUGUUGAUUCCAAAACCCGUCAUCUUGAACAUGCGCCACAAGGCCAGCCGCCCUCCGUCGUGCAUGGGCCCGGGCGGCCUCCGCGGCUUCGGAAGUGGGCACAUGCCGCUCAGUGACGAGGAGUCGCUGAGGUCCGAGGACGAGGAAGAGGAAGAGGAGUUCGACCUCACCGAAUGCGUCAUCCACCAGGUGAUUGAGACCAUCGAGUACGUCCUGGGAACCGUGUCGCACACGGCCUCCUACCUCCGGCUCUGGGCGCUCUCCCUGGCGCACCAGCAGCUCUCCCUGGUCUUCUUCGGCAUGACGCUGCUUUCCGGGAUGGGAGCACCCUUCCCACUGAACAUCAUUGCCACCUACGUGGCCUUCUACUUCUGGUUCGCCUCGACUGUGGGCAUCUUGCUGGGCAUGGACGUCAUGGAGUGCUUCCUGCACACUCUGCGCCUCCACUGGGUAGAGUUCCAAAGCAAGUUCUACAAGGCGGAUGGCUAUGCGUUCACACCCUUCUGCCAUAGAGCCCGGCUACAUCCAGCAGCUUCUUUCUUCUUUCCUGGUAGGAGAUCUCCUGCGCAAGGAGACGGACGAGUAGUUUUCGCAGGAUGCGCAGGAAUCGGCCAGAAGACCGAAAUUCUGGGAGAUGAAGUGAAAGGACGCAUCGCGAAAAGCCCACUAAGAACCGCCAUCUUCAGCACAGCUUCCAAGCCUGAAGAAGGCGCCGCAGCUCUGACCCGCAGUGGAUUCCUUGUGACGCCCGCAGCCAGAAUGGCGCUCCUCGCCGAGGCAUUUACCUUGGGUCCUGCGCCACCAGCACUGCCUGCGAGGCUUGCCUCAACUCCGGCACGGGCAACCUGCAAAGCUCCGGAGCGAGGCGCGCCGUCUGCACUCGCGGCGGCCGCCACAGUUCUGGUGGCGAGUGCUGCGGGGAAGAGGUCACGGACCAGGAACUCUCGAGAGACCGUGGCAUCGAGGGCAGUCGGCAUGGGAGCCGAAGCAGGUCUGCUGAAGAAGAAUCGCAAGAAGAUGCGGGAGAUGGAAAUCGAGAUGAUGGAGGGUGCUCUGAAAACCCUCUUCGCGCGGAUGGACGAGCCGGACAUCUACAAGGUGCGCGAGAUCCUCAUGCGCCUGGCGAAGACCAACCCCAGGCCAAACCAGAACAUUUCCGGAGACUGGAUCAUCUUCUGGGCCUCUCGAGAAGGCUGCAUCGACAAGCUCUUCGGCACCGGCAUGACCGACGAGGGCUGGUGGAUGCAGCUGCAGGAAUACCUUAUCCGCUUCGGAAAGAAGAAGGAAGGUCGAACUUGCGAGGCCAUCGAGAUCGUUCGAAAGGUCGGCCCCUUCCCCAACCAGUCCAACUGCCUGCGAGGCGACUACGCCAUCUCUGGCACCAACCGGCUCAAGAUCACCUUCUCCGAGAUGAAGACCGAUGAAGGCAAGGACCUAGAGUUCCGGGAGGGCAAGGAGAAGAUGGUGGUCGACGUAGAUGUCAUCUAUUCCUCGAAGAAGAUGGUAGCGAUCCAGUGGGAGGAUGAUAACGGUGAGUGCGACUUUUACGUGCUCACACGUGUCAAAGACCUUCUUGCCGAGAGAGACAAGUUUGUGGGUACUUCCCGCGCGAGGUAUUUCUUCAACUGA